UAACCACCACAGCGAUUCGUAUUCGAUAAACAAACAUCGUAUUUAUCCUUUUAAAGUAGCUACGGCAGUAGUCCUUUACGAAUUUGAAUAUACUGGAAACUAUCUAUGUAUGCGUGUUGAAUUCUAUGGCUGUGCGAUGUCGUUGGCUAAUGAAUCGCUGGCUAACUGCUGGGCAACACUUGGAGUACGGGAUCGUGAAGAAUUUCCUGAUCAAAAGUUUUUUGGUAACAAGGAUAAAUUCCUUAAACCUCCUAGAAGCAGGCUUAACGAUGACAGUGGCUGGUGCACUCUUAAUUUCACCAAACCAUAUCUUGGUAUAAGUGUGACAAGGCGUGAUUCACAGAUUGUUGGUGUCAUGACAAAGGGGAGAGGUCAGUACGACCGUUGGGUAAAGUCCUACGAAAUUGGGCCUUCAGGGAGUAGGGUAACUGUUAAUGGUAAUCAGGUAUUGGAUGGGAAUCAUGAUCAGGAUGAAAUUGUGACUCAUUUUUUUGAUACUCCAAUACCACUUCAGAAUAAUGAUGUUGAUGUGGUGAUUUGGCCACAGACGUGGGUAGUAGAGCCUUGUGUGAGAUUUGAGCUAAUCGCCUGUGAUACACGCCCGAAUCCAUGUCUUUCAAAUCCGUGUCAACAUGGGGGAACGUGUAAUAGAAAUGGAGCCGGCGGAUACACUUGUGCCUGUAACAAUGGAUUUAGUGGUUUUCACUGUGAAGUUUUCGCGUGCCCUACAACGUGGACGGAAAUUCCUCACGAAGUUGUCCCUGCAGGCUUUGAAGAUGGCUUUAGAACGUAUUCACUGAGUGAUGUCGGAGCAUGGUGCUCGAAAAAAAUAAAUGACCCUUGGCUAGAAAUAAAUUUCGCUAGCGAAAUACGUCUUUAUGGAUUUGGUUUUGGAACAGCCUCGAAUAUCUCCAUCAUGUCAUAUGCCAAGGUCGUCCAAGUUUCAACCCGCUUGGAAACUGGUGGUUGGCAGGAAAUUAGAAUCAAUUCACAACUUACGUUACGUGGCCCACAUAAACCUGGCGAUGCGAUCUACCAUUACAUCGAACCUCGUAUAACGUCCGGGGUUAAAUUACUGUUCCGAUACUUUAGAGAGGAUCCGAAUUAUGGCAAAUGUGCUCGCGUUGACAUCAAAGCCUGUCAUUACGAUUACUGUGCGGAAAAUAAACCUUGCCAGAACGGAGGAACUUGCAAAGAAAGUGAUGUACAUAGCUUUCUUUGUCACUGUCCAUGGAGUUUUGAAGGCCAGCGUUGUGAGCUUCCGACGAGAUUAACUGGUUGUUUACCAUCUUUGGGUGUGGCGAAUCCUAAUAGAAUUCCAGAUCAUUCGAUUUCUGCGGACCAUUACAAUAUUAAUUAUGAAGGCAAAAAAGUUCGAUUGAGUAAUAAAGUAAGCGCCUGGUGCGCAGACGCGGGAGUAAGUGUGCCAACAUUAAGAAUAGGGUUUGGUGGUGUAACUUUGGUUAUUGCCAUUCAUACCUUAGGAUACGGGUCAUCCUGGGUGACAGAAUAUAAAGUUCAAAACCCAACGAAUUGGGAAAGUUUUGCAGGAAACUUCGAUGCCACAACUGCUCGGGGACAUUACUUUGACAAAAAUAUCCCCAAAUGGGAGUUCAUGUUGCAAGCAAUUCAAAGCAACGUCGGCGGCGACAAAUGCAUGAGAUUGGAAUUAUAUGGAAUAAACGAAGAAACUCUGAGUCAGUUUGUAUUGGCAAAUAACGCAGAAAUACAACAUAGUAGCUUUACCGCGAAGACCUUUCUUCCAUCACACGAGCCACAUAAAGCCAGGUGGAAUGACUUAGGCUGGUGUAGUCGUUAUAGCAACACGACUGACGAAUAUUUACAAAUUGAACUGCCAAAAUUUUACACGAUUAACGUUCUUGCAACAAAAGGAGUGACCUCUCCCAACAGUUGGGUGAAAUCGUUCUAUCUGGAUCACAGUUGGAAUGGCGUAAAUUGGCAUCAGGUUAAAAUUAACGGAAUUCGAACUAUCUCCGGAAAUUACGACUUUAACACACCACAAGUUCACUUCUUUGGGCAAUCAUUCUCUACGAGGAUGUUGAAGAUUAUUCCGCAAGAAUGGCAUAUGUCGAUCUGUAUGCGAGUUGAUUUCUUUGGCUGCCAUUAUGAUCCAUGUGAAAAUUGUAAUAAAAACACCACCUACUGUAAUGAAUCGUCAACGUGGACUUGCAAAUGUAAAGAAGGCUUUGAAGACGUUUCUGGUAUCUGCAAAGAGAAAGCAAAAAGCAGUUCAGUUCAUCCAACUGCUACCGUUUCCAGUCGUGGUCAAACAGGAUCUAGUGCUGCUGGUAUAUCAGGAUCCCGGAGUGAUGAGGGAAGAUUAAGCAGUCCAGUUAUCCCAACAGCUACCGUUGUUUCCGACGAUAAUCAAAGACGAUCUCGUGCUAGUGAAGAAGACCCUUCUUCAGCGGUAGACCCUACCGUAGACCCUACCGCUGCACAAUUGCAUCCCACAAUUUCCCCCCAACCAUCACCCGCUACCGCUGCACAAUUGCAUCCCACAAUUUCCCCCGAACCAUCACCAACUGUAAUUCCCACACCACAACCCACCGCCCAAGCGGAGCCAGGCACAAUUGCCCCGCCUGGAACAGCCACCAAGACUUCGUCCGUAGCACCUGUGGACGGAGGGUAUACGGAAUGGGGAAAUUGGUCAGCUUGUUCGGUUACGUGUGGCACAGGGGAGUUGGUACGCCGUCGAGAAUGCAGCAAUCCAGCCCCAGCCCAUGGUGGAAAGGAUUGCGAGGAACCUUUAAAAGAGACCAAGGAGUGUUCUGCAUCUGUGAUGUGUUCAGGGGAUAUUGGUUUUGGGGAAUGGUCUGCCUGGAGCUCCUGCAGUGUGACCUGUGGACCUGGCAAAAAGACGCGUGCUAGAAAAUGUUCAAUGGCCGACCCAGGGGACUCCUUUUGUAAGGGAGACACAAACGAAACCGCAGAUUGUAAUGAUGCCCAUUGCCCCGUGGACGGAGGAUUUUCAGACUGGACAGCGUGGAGUUCGUGUUCUAAGACCUGUGGUACUGGCCUGGAAAAAACGAUGCGUUCUUGUAAUAAUCCAACCCCACAACAUGGAGGGAAAAUAUGCGUUGGGGAAGAGCAGUUGAUUCGGGAAUGUGAAAUGGCAACAUGUCAAGGUGAUGAUAGCUACACAGAUUGGUCAAGCUGGACGCCCUGCAGUGUUACCUGUGGUCCUGGGACCAAGUCAAAAACGCGUCAUUGUCUUGAUAAAAGUGGUAGCGGCUGUACUGGCCCUGCUUCGGAAACUCUGCAAUGCCUGAUGCCACAUUGCCCAGUUCAUGGAAACUUCACGGAAUGGACCGAGUGGUCAAGAUGCUUAGUACCUUGCGGCUCAGGCGUUAUUCAUCGAACACGAGAAUGCACCAAUCCGGAGCCGGCUUAUAAUGGAAGCGAUUGUUCAGGCUUAGACAAGGAAGAUCAAUUUUGCUCUGUGCCAACUAUUUGUUCAGAUGAAUCUGGGUUUACAAUCUGGUCCCAGUGGUCUGCAUGUGACUCCCAAUGUUCACUCGGUGAGAGUGUUCGCAGGAGAGAGUGCACGGACGAGACCAAGGUUACUUGUAAUGGAACAUCUUACCAGAAUAUCAGUUGUGAUUCCGGACCAUGUCCUGUUGAUGGUAAUUAUACAGAGUGGUUGUCGUGGUCAUCUUGUAGUGGAUUCUGUGGUUCUGGUCUUCAAAAUCGUUUGAGAACCUGUACUAACCCUGAGCCUGCAUAUAACGGGGCUGGAUGUUCUGGGGCAAGCUCAGAUGUGCAGGAUUGUCAGCAUACCACUCCCUGCUCAGGUGAAGCAGGUUACGAUAAAUGGUCACAGUGGACACUAUGUACUCAAACUUGUGGUAAAGGUGCGCAUAUCAGAACAAGAAAGUGUAAAAGCGGUUCGGAUCCCAGCCUAUGUACCGCAGAAUCCAGUCAAAGUAAACCAUGUGACAAAGGGCUAUGCCCAGUACAUGGUAAUUGGGCGGCGUGGUCGAAGUGGGGUUCCUGCAGUGCGUCCUGUGGUUCUGGAGUAAAAGAACGAUCUCGUACUUGUACCAAUCCCGUACCAUCCUAUGGAGGCCUGGACUGCUUUGAAAAUUCUCAUGACUACUCUGAUUGUGUUAUGCCAGUGGAUUGCCCAGGUGACGACGAGUUUUCGAAGUGGAGUAACUGGGGAUCAUGUAGUGUUUCAUGUGGCGAAGGAAGACAGAACAGAACACGUUUUUGCACCGUUGUACCUAAUUAUCCACCACAGGAAGAACCAUACUGCACCGAACCCACAGGACAAAGCAUAAAGUGUUAUAAUGAACCAUGCAUAGUGAACGGCGGCUUUACUCCGUGGACAGAUUGGUCAGCCUGUACGACGUCAUGUGGAUUUGGAACACGUUCCAGAUAUCGCAAUUGUACCAAUCCUCCACCAUUGUUUGGAGGGAGCGAUUGUCUGGGACCACUCUACGAGAUGAAAGAAUGUGAGAAUGCAGCCAAUUGUCCAGAUGAUGCGGAUUUCUCCACCUGGACCAGCUGGGUUGCUUGCUCGUCUGGGUGUGAGGGUGUGAUGCACAAAACACGGGAAUGUAUCCUGCAGGACAAAAGUUCCUGUCAGAGUCUUACUAACGUCACGAUGAGCUGUGAAACACAACUUUGCCCAGUGAACGGAGGUUGGUCCAUGUGGACUGAUUGGUCUCUGUGCAGUAAAACAUGCGGUCACCAGCAAGAAGUUAGAACCAGAGUUUGUAACAAUCCAGUUCAGAGAAACGGUGGAAGUUAUUGCAUAGGUCAUAAUAUUGAAGUGAUGCCUUGCAAUGAAUACGAUUACGUCGAAUGUCCAGAUCCUCCCCCGGCCGAGUGGUCGGAUUGGACGUGGUGGACCCCCUGUACAGAAGCAUGUGGGGGAGGACAUCAGAGCCGCUACAGGUUAUGUAAUAACCCGCCACCAGGCCCCGGCGCUCCGGAAUGCAAAGGGGAUGGAAGACAAUCACAAGAUUGCAAUAUCCAUCCUUGUCCAGUUCAUGGAAACUAUAACGAGUGGUCAUCUUGGACAACUUGUACCAAGGAGUGUGGAAACGGAACUCGAGUGCGAGGCAGAUCAUGUAACAAUCCAAGUCCAGCUCAUGGUGGUUCACCGUGUGAAGGACCGGGCCAUGACUUAAACUACUGCAACACACAUCAUUGUCCUAUUCACGGAGGUUAUACAGACUGGAGUCCCUGGAUGUUCUGUAACAAACCUUGUGGAACUGGUACCUCGGAUAGAAAACGUUCUUGUACCAACCCAACUCCAAUGUAUGGUGGAAAGAACUGCACUGGUCCUUCCUAUGAGGCCAAUAAUUGCAACACGUCACCUUGUUCGCCCGCUAACAUUCUUUUGGACGUGACCUUCGACAGCGUAACGAUGACUGAAUAUAACAGUGACGUGACCUCAUUCGAGAACUCUGUGAAGGGAAUGAUCAAUUCUGUGUACGAGACAUUUCCUCCAGCGAUCACUUUCACUUUGUGCAGCGCGGGAGGGGGGAAUAAAGUGAAAUGCAAAUUGGAUCUGGGCUAUCAGUCGCUUGCCGGUGAUGAGCUGGUUGUUCUCCAAGAUAAACUGCUGGAUUCAGCAACGGAAACAGUUCUACACAGCAUGACCUCAACAAAUGUAUUUUCGUCGCCACUUGUUCUCCAAGCAACUCCUUUGAAUUCAACUAGCAUAAGAGCGGAAUGGCCAGCUUUACCAAGCUCAGCUGAAACAUCGAGCACGUCGACUCUCACUGGAUACGUAUUGUUCUAUAAAGAAACGGCAGCAAAACCGUACCAGAAAAUCGGCGUAGAUCCUUCCGAGCUUUCGAAAACUUUGGUGGAGCUCAAGAAAUUCACCGAAUAUCGAAUGGUGAUUUGCCCGUAUUCUGAGAAAGGAAAUGGUAUUCCGAGCGCACCUGUCACAAAAACUACACUGGAAGAUGUUCCAAGUGUGGCACCGAAAAUAUUGAACAUUUCGUCUCCAACAUCUCAAUCGUUAAAUUUAUCCUGGACCACAGUGAGCUCGGAAUAUUGGAACGGCAUUCAACGAGGCUACUGCGUGAGAUAUAAAGCAAGAGGAGCAUCAACCAGUAACACUCAUAAUGUCACCGACGUUGAACAACUGCAGACCGUUCUUACUGGUUUGGAUCAUUUUACGAAGUAUUAUGUCUACGUGUCUGCCAAAACAACGCCCGGAUGUGGAGAAGAAGCUAGUACGAGUUUUGUCACCUUGGAGUAUGUACCGAGUGAACCCCCCCAGAAUGUGAAUGCAACAGCUAUGACGUCCACAGUUGGCGUGCUUGUCACAUGGGACGAAGUGAGGCCUGAUGCAAGACGUGGGAUCAUAAAAGGAUACAAGGUGUCAUACGGGAUUGCUGGUGAGGUGGUAAAAUGGAUAAAUGUGGAUGGCGCCGAUAGUAGAAAAGUGAAUAUCACCGGCCUGAAGUUCCUUACUGAAUAUCAAGUCAAAGUUCUGGCCUAUACGAGUGUUGGAGAUGGCCCGGAAUGUACAGCGAUAUCCAUCACUACAGAAGAGUCAACUCCUUCCAAAGCGCCCGCUCUGGUCGAAGGUAGAAACACCAGCUCCUCAAGCAUUUAUCUCAAAUGGGAGGCCAUAGAUCCCCAGUACCAUCAAGGAACUCUUCUUGGAUAUCGUGUUUAUUAUCGUGCUGCAGAUACGACUAGAAAACAGAAAAUGAUUGAGAUCCCAAUAUCUGAUCCAAAUCCUCUGGAGUGUCACUUGACUGGACUGUUCUGGUGGUGGUGGUAUGAUAUAUACAUUGCUGGUUAUACAAAGAUUGGCACUGGAGUGACCUUGAACGUUGUCGUUCAGACAGACGAAGAAGUUCCAAGCCGUUACCCUGAGAAUAUUCGUGGCGUUGCCUUGACAACGACCAGCAUGUCGUUUGAAUGGGAUGCCGUCCUAGGGAAUUUUGCACACGGCAUUCUGAUUGGUUACAAUCUGACCGUAAUCGAGACUAACAAUCCGGGCAAUGUGAUUGUGUCCAGGAUUAUUCCACAUCCUGAAAGAUCUUACUACGUCGAAGAUCUAAAGAAAUUUACCAACUACACCAUUUGGGUGAGCGCUUUGAACAAAAAGGGUGAAGGCCCACGAUAUCCCCCAGGGCACAUAAACUCCACUGGGGAAGACGGUCCGGAAUAUCCCCCGGAAGACAUCAAAAUGUCUACGCUUAAACACAUCAGCGAGAUAGAGCUGGAAUGGACGAGAAUCCCAGCUAAAUAUCAUAACGGUAUCUUACGUGGUUACUACGUCGAGUACACCGCGACAGUUUUGGCUGGAGAGGUCAUACCUUCCGAUAAACGAGUUGUUCAGUCGAAAAGAGUCAGAGGAAAUCGUUACUCAACGAUGCUCAAAAACCUUGAUCCUGGCUCUACCUACGAGAUCCGUAUCUUUGGCUAUACCAGUAAGAACGGCUCGAAAAGCAACGCCUCAGCUGCUGAAACAUGUCGUUGUCCAAAGUACCUUCGCUCCAAUUGGUGGGUCUUACCUCCUUACACGAACAUGAGCAAUACCAAUUCGCCCGGCGGAAUUUUCUUCUUAGUAACGAGAAACGUUCUGGAUGACAUGUGUGGUGUUUGCGAAAACGGUCAUGGUAAAACCGAGUUUUGCUACGAAGAGGGUUGCGACAAAAAACGUCGGAAAAGACGUUCAUCAGGAAACAAUUAUCAGAAAAACAGUUUACAAUCCGUUUUAACAAAUAUUGGCGGAAAUGUUGAGGUCAGUUUUCCCGUCCAGGGUAAUAGAUUUAUGACGACGUAUGGCGGAGUAUUUCCGUACAUUUCCGUCGUCGAUGCACCUGGUUCGGCGUACUUCACCGUCAAAAAUGUCCCCUCAACUGCCACAGUGGUUGUCCAGGCGGCCGUGGCGUGUAUGCCGUUGGUUAUGUUGAUGAUUUUCUUCGCGUGGAUCGCUGGGAUUAUCAUUUGGAUCUUGGAACGUAACCAAAACAACGAUCAUUUCCCAGAAUCGUUUACGAAAGGUGUUCCAGAGGGAUUUUGGUGGGCUUAUAUCUCCAUGACAACUGUUGGAUACGGUGAUCGCAGUCCAGUUACUGUGCCCGGUCGUCUGUUUGCUUUGGCUUGGAUUCUAAUGGGUCUCGUGAUUAUCUCGAUCGUCACGGGGGGGAUCGUCACUUCGAUUACGUCAGUGCUAGUUGUUCAAGAAGACAAAAUUUAUGGCGCAAAGGUCGGGGCUAUUGUAAAUUCUGCUGAAUACUCAAAGGCAGUUAGACAGAAUGCAGAUGUUGUUCCUUACAACAAUAUGGAGGAUUUGAUCAACGCAAUGCACAACAAGGAGGUGUCAGGAGCUUUACUUGACAUGUACGCUGCGGCAACUAAGAAAAGUAUGUUUGAAGGAGGAGAUAUCCAGUUGAAUCGUCUGAUAGAAUAUCCAACUGGUUACGGUUUUGUCCUGUCUGGAAACAUGGCCAAAGCCGCGCCAUUAUUCCGCCAAGCUCUGGCUGCGCAAAAGACAAAGAUCUCGUUAAUUGUCGAAGAAAAUACAGAUUCCAUAUCACUUGAUAAGAACGAGGCUGAUGAAGCCAAAGAGAAAUCGUCUGGUUUAUUCGAUCCCUCGGCAGAAGCGUUUCAAGAGUCAUUCAAAGUGACCAUGAGUUUGUUGGCUGUGGCAAUUAUCCUCGGCCUGAUUUGGCAUUUUGGAAAGUACAAGAAAAAGGAGAAAGAAAAGCAAAGUAAAAAAGAGAAACUGGAAGAGAGUAUUCCUUCAUUCCGAGUCGCAGAAUACCUCAGAACGGAGGGUCGCGAGUCACUGGAGGAUUUCGCCAAAUCCUUAGAACAGCAGAUUUUUGCUCUAAGAAAUAAACAAAUCCGUGAGCGUAAGAGCACGUGGCUUUUCAAAGCCGAGAGAGCCAGACUCCAUCCAACUAGAUCGCUUAUAUCUUUCGACCUUCGGAGAUCGAGGACACGGGUCAGUCCCGAAGCGAAUGCGGCUUUCGACAAAGAUGAGUCGGACACAUCGCCCCGUCAGUCUUCCAUUUCAUCCUUUAAUGAUUUUCGAAAAAGGAAAUCUGGUCAGGUCGUUCCAAUUGUGGAGGAACGUUCUCCAUCACAAAGUCAUGUGAAUCUUAACCCUGUGAGCGAGGAAGACAAUGUUCGGUCUAGUCCAGUCUUUCCAAUGCAGGACCGUUCCCCAUUGCCAGCUAAUCAUAGUCGUACUUCUUUAAAUGAGGCGGAGGAUGUCCGGUCUAGUCGAGUCUUUCCAAUGCAGGACCGUUCCCCAUCGAGAACUAAUCAUAGUCGUACCUCUUUAAAUGAGGCCGAGGAUGUCCAGUCUAGUCGAGUCUUUUCUAUGCAGGACCGUUCCCCAUCGCGAACUAAUCAGAGUCGUACCUCUUUAAUGGAGGAAGGUGAUGUCCAGCCUAGUCAAUUAUUUCCAAUGCAGGACCGUUCUCCAUCACGGACUAAUCAAAGUCGCACCUCUUUAAACGAGGAAGAGGACGUCCAUUCUAGUCAAGUAUUUCCAAUGCAGGACCGUUCUCCAUCGAGAACUAAUCAGAGUCGUACCUCUUUAAUGGAGGAAGGUGAUGUCCAGCCUAGUCAAGUAUUUCCAAUGCAGGACCGUUCUCCAUCACGGACUAAUCAAAGUCGCACCUCUUUAAACGAGGAAGAGAACGUCCAUUCUAGUCAGGUAUUUCCAAUGCAAGACCGUUCCCCAUCGCGAACUAAUCAGAGUCGUACCUCUUUAAUGGAGGAAGGUGAUGUCCAGUCUAGUCAAGUAUUUCCAAUGCAGGACCGUUCCCCAUCGCGAACAAAUCAUAGUCGUGCCUCUUUAAAUGAGGAAGAGGACGUCCAUUCCAGUCAGGAAUUUCCAAUGCAAGACCGUUCCUCGUUGAGGAGUCAUCAUAGUCAGACCUCCUUAAUACAGGAAGACGAUGCUAUGUAGUCGUAUAACUUGUAUCUAUUUGGUUUUACUGUUGUAACUGCACUGAUCUCAACAUCAGCACUGAAUUGCUAUGGUACAUUUGACAUCCAGCGGAUUCUGUACCAAAUUAUCUUCUAAAUAUGAUUAUUUAAUAUUCACUUUUAAAACAAAGUCGAUGGUUUUUAAACAGGCUUAUAUAAUUGAAGCAAAAUUUAUUUAACAUAUUUUACUAAAAUUGAAUUCAUGCAUGCAGUAUUUGUGCAUUUUCCGUUGAAAUUGUCUUUAUUAAUACUUAAAUUACCACUUAAGAUUAUUAGUUGUAAAAUUUAAAGAUCCGAUUUACUUAAUAUGUGGUAUUUAAUUCUAAAGUUUACUAACACUGGGAUUGUUAUAUAUCGCCUGUGGAGAUAUAAACAUACUAAAUUAAUAAUGCACGGUUUGAACU